AUGUGGAGCAGACAAAUUUGGUCCCUGAUUUUCGUUGAGGUCUUCGGAUUUGUGUUGGGUUUCAACCUCACGGGCGAUCCUCCAGUAGUGUCGACGAGAAACGGAGAUCUGCUCGGCAAAAGACUGACCGUUCUCGGGAAAUCUGUCGAUGCAUUUCUUGGAGUACCUUACGCAGCUGCUCCAGUGGGGGAGCUUCGCUUUCAACGGCCACGUCCUUUUACACAGUCGUGGGAAGGAGUACGUAAUGCAACUAUGUAUGGUUCUUCGUGUUUGCAAGAAGUUAUGCCAAGACUACGUAAUUUCAGCGGGCAUGUGUGGUGGGGCUCGUCUGAACAACGCCACAACGAGGACUGUCUGUUUUUAAAUAUUUGGGCUCCCCAUCCCCGGCCCAAAAAAACACCAGUUAUUGUAUUUAUUCAUGGAGGUAGUUUUGUGUCGGGUAGUGGCUCCGCUGAAGGACUCCGAGGCCAUAUCUUGGCAACCGUAGAGUAUGUUAUCGUGGUCACGAUCAACUAUCGCCUUGGUGUACUUGGGUUUGCCACUCUGGACAUCGAUGAGGCGCCGGGGAACAUCGGUCUUUAUGACCAAACAAUGGCCCUGAAGUGGAUCAACCAAAACAUCGCAGGAUUCGGCGGCGAUCCCGAUUUAGUGACUAUAGCCGGACACAGUGCUGGGGCAUCCAGCGUUUCCUACCAUCUCCUGUCACCAAUGUCGGAACACCUUUUCAAGUUCGCAAUUUUGCAAAGUGGCACAGCACUGUCGCCGUGGGCUUUAUCGCCGAAAGAUGAUUUGCUGAGCCAAACUAUCGGGUUAGCAAAACGAACAUCUUGCCCGAGUGCCAAACCGGGAAACCGAACAUCGGCUCUGGAGACCAUCACUUGUCUAAGAGGCGACAUUAAUCUGACUCCGCUCAUUAGACACUGGGAAAAGAACGCUCAUAGCUCGCCGAUGGUAGAUGGCUUAUUUCUCCCCGACACGCCCCACAAUUUGCUAUCCAGUGGUCGUUUUAAAAACACCUCGAUUUUAUUAGGAUUCAAUCAAGACGAAAGCGUCUUAAACUUAAUGAGAUUCGAUGAGUUUUCUCACGACCCCAUAACGAUUGCGGAACACACUCCAAGUCUUUCUCACGAUACGUUCAGGGAUCGGAUUCAAAGUCUAUUUUCCGACUUCGAUGACAGACAGGUUGAGACAAUCGCAUUUCAAUACCGCAAUUGGUACAGACCUUACGAUCCUUACGAAUUUCGAAAUUCUUUGGCUAAUAUGUGGAGUGAUUACAGCAUUUGCUGUCCCACCCUAGAUUUCGUUGCAUACUUCACGGCUUCCAAGCAGGACGCGUAUGUCUACUAUUUUAAUCAUCGGAACUCACUCAAUGCGUGGCCCACGUGGGUCGGCGUGCCUCACGGCGACGAGCUAGCGUUCGUCCUGGGGUUGGCACUAGAAGACGAGAUUACCAGCGAAGAAAAAGAUCUCAGUCGAAGAAUUAUGAGAUAUUGGGGAAACUUUGCUCGCACUGGUAAUCCAAAUGUUCCAGAUGUCGGCGGUGUGGAAUGGCCAAAGUAUUCCACAGAAGACCAUCUUGUUUUUACUUUGAAUCUGAGUGUUUUGCAAGAAACUCCCCACAUAGCUACGGAUCCAAGAAUACCUAAGUGUGCUUUCUGGAAAUAUCUCGUACCUCGGCUUUCUGUUGAGAAAGCCUUUAUUGCUGCAACAUCGUUUCCGAUCAUCGUGAGUUUGGCGAAUAUCGUUUGUAACGUUGGUAAAUCAAUGGAAUCUGAUGUCUCCUUUGUUUGUGAUGCGACCACCGAGCCAUCCGAUCUUGGUAUGAUUUAA